GUCACCGCGGAUGCGAACUCAACGGGGUUGGUUCACACCGCGAGUCAACCCAGACGUUAACUGCCACAUUUGGAUUCCGUCGCACGGCCAAUCUCACUGUUCCUCCCGAAAGCCAGAUCAGAGCGGCUGUGGUGCUUUCGUCCGAUCAAGCAUUGCCGACGGCUAAGGCCGAAAGAUCCAUCGAUUGCGGCGUACGAGGCGGACGAAUGGCAGAGUCAGCUGACGAAGGCGGUUCCAGGGAUCCGGCCUUGGGAGCCGACGGGGAUCCACGGCGCAGUCCCAAGGCCUCGACCUGCAAGGGCAAGUCCUGCAAGGGAUGCCUCUACUACUCCUGGCGCCUCAAAUCCGACGCCCGUAUCCCGGUCGGCGUUGGGAUCGGCCGGAUGCUUCCCCAAGAUUGCUUUGGCCUGAGACAACUUACUACUACUGGCAUACUCAGAAAGAAUUCAUCAAUUAUUUUGCAGUACCUAACUACAUCAUCGGUGAAUCUGAAAUGGAAGCUACAAAAGAAGGCCGUAGCUUGUCAGAUUUCAAGUACACUUGUGUUGGUUAUUCAGUUUUCCUUGAUACAAAAAACGAUAAUGCUGAAAAGCCAGAGAACCAAGCAGAGUUGCCAUUUUGUGCAGGCAUUGAGAUGCUACACCAUUCACAACCACGAGCACACCGAUCAGCUCACCCUUCAGGGGAUGAAUUGUUAAACAGGUUUAGAAAGAAUGCUGGGCUGGUGGCUUCAGGUGUCGCUAAGAACCUGAACAGAGUCGGCAAUUACAUCAAAGAAAGUGUUGACAACAUAUUGUAUCCACACCGCAGGCGACCCAAGUAAGAUCUCGACCCCAACCCACACAUCUUAUGACCAACAAGAAACAAAGAAAAGAAGUGGGUUUUUCUUGAUGUGGGUUCCUCUCUGUUGUUGGCAAUAUCAGUUUGAAUCUGUAACUUUGUUUCUAGAAUAAUUUUGUUGUAAAAAUUCAAAUGCCUGGCUGCUUGCUAGCUGCAUAUUUGUUUGGCCAUUGCUAAUAGCUGUUAUAGGGGCCAAUAUUAGCAGUAUUCAUAUCAGCUGGUGCACUCGUUAUAUCUCGUGGUAAAUAUCAAAUGCAUCGAGUACUUGGUUGGAUA